AUGUUUGGGCGGCGGGCGGUUGACCUCAAACCAUUCUUCUACCAUUAUCAGUUACUGUUUCUUGCGGGAGUGACAUUCAUUAUCGGGUUUCAAAAGACAAUUGUUUUCUUUGCACGAAAACAGAAACUUCGCGGCACUAUAUGUUUCUUUGGCGGAAUUCUGCUUGUUUUUUUCAAAUGGCCUAUUUUUGGCAUGGCGAUCGAACUAUUCGGUUUCUUGAAUCUGUUUGGUGAUUUUUUCCCAGUCGUAAUUAGCUUUUUACGUCGAUUGCCUCUUAUCGGUAAUGUACUGAAUGCACCAGGCGUUUCUCACGCGCUUGAUAAAUUAACAGGAUCUAAGCUUCCCGUUUGA